AUGGAUCAGAUCCAAACAGAGAAGGCGUGGCAAGGCAAAGCCAUGGCCACACUCCCCCGCACCACCGCCGACGCCGCCUGGUCCCUGCUCUCCACCUUCUCCUCCAUCCACCGGUGGUAUCCCUCCCUCCACACUUGCUGCCUCAUCUCCGGCACCGACGGCCAUCCCGGCUGCGUCCGCUACUGCGCCAGCGCCCCCGAGGACGACGGCAAGCCGUCCCUCUGGGCCAACGAGGAGCUGCUCCACGUCGACGCCGACGGCCGGAGCUACCGCUACAGGGUGGCCGACAACAACAUGGGGUUGGAGCGGUACGAGGCGACGCUGAGCGCGGUGCCGCUCCCGGACGGCGAAGGCGGCGCGGGAUGCCAGCUCGAGUGGCGGUUCGAGUCCGACCCGGUCCAGGGUUGGACCGAGGAGGGCUUCGUCGCCUACUUGCAGGCCGGCGUCGCCGCCAUGGCGGAGCGAGUGGAGGAAGCCUUGCGCCCACCGCCGCCGACCAUCGGAAAGUGCGACGCCGUCGAUGUAGCAAACUGUACCUAA